AGAGUAUGAGUAGAGAUAAUUACUGAGAAGUCACACUCUCUCACUCCCUCGGCUUUUCUUGUGUCCUUCAGCAAAACACUGGAUUUAAAUCUCCUUCCACGAGCUUGAGAGCAACGCAAUCUGUCAGGAAAGAAAGGAAGAAAAAACCGAACCUGACAAAAAAGAAAAAAAAAAGAGGGAGGGAAACCAACAUGAAAACCAUCCAGGCAAAAAUGCACAAUUCUAUCUCUUGGGCAAUCUUCACUGGGCUGGCCGCUCUGUUUCUCUUUCAAGGAGUGCCAGUGCGCAGCGGAGAUGCCACCUUCCCCAAAGCUAUGGACAACGUGACGGUCAGGCAAGGGGAGAGCGCCACUCUCAGGUGCACAGUGGACAACCGAGUCACCCGGGUGGCCUGGCUGAACCGCAGCACAAUCCUCUAUGCUGGGAAUGACAAGUGGUGCCUAGAUCCCCGGGUGGUCCUCCUGACCAACACCAAAACCCAGUACAGCAUUGAGAUCCAGAAUGUGGACGUGUAUGACGAAGGCCCGUACACCUGCUCUGUGCAGACAGACAACCACCCAAAGACUUCACGAGUCCACCUCAUCGUUCAAGUAUCUCCAAAAAUCAUAGAGAUUUCUUCAGAUAUUUCCAUCAAUGAAGGCAGCAAUAUCAGUCUCACCUGCAUAGCAACUGGUAGACCAGAACCCACAGUUACCUGGAGACACAUCUCUCCCACCGCUGUUGGCUUCAUGAGUGAAGAUGAGUACCUGGAAAUUCAGGGCAUUACCCGGGCACAGUCUGGAGACUAUGAGUGCAGUGCUUCCAAUGAUGUAGCAGCGCCAGUGGUGAGGAGAGUCAAAGUCACCGUGAACUAUCCACCCUACAUUUCUGAGGCUAAGAGCACAGGAGUCGCUGUGGGACAAAAGGGAACACUGCAGUGUGAAGCAUCUGCUGUCCCAUCAGCAGAAUUCCAGUGGUACAAGGAUGAUAAAAGGCUGGUUGGAGGACAGAAGCGAGUGAAGGUUGAAAACAGACCAUUCCUCUCAAAGCUCAUCUUCUUCAAUGUCUCUGAACAUGACUACGGGAACUACACCUGUGUGGCCUCCAACAACCUAGGCCACACCAAUGCCAGCAUCACAUUGUUUGAAAUUAAUGAGCCUACAAGCUCAGCUUUGUUCCAAGAAGAGAAAACUACAACCAUGACACCUUGGAAAGCUCCUGGCGCAGUCAGCGAAGUGAACAAUGGGACGUCAAGGAGAGCUGGUUGCAUUUGGCUCUUACCCCUUCUUAUCUUGCAUCUGUUGCUUAAAUUUUGAUGUGAGUGUCACUUCCCCACUGGGGAGCAGCCUCCACCACCUGCAACCACCAACUCAACAGCAGCAAAAAGAGCAUACAAGUUUUUUUUUCUUUUAAGAAUUAAAUGAAAUUAAGAUAAACCAAGCCUAAUGUGAUAAAAAAAAAUCUAAGGGAAAGGGCAACUGGGCAUGGGGAGGGAAGGAAAUUGCCUUGGAGAUAUUUAGGCACAACUGCUUCUUUUCUUUAGCCCCAAAUUAUGAGUGCAUACCUGGCUUUGGACCCACCUGCACGCUGCAUUGUGUGGCCUCUUUGUUUCCAUGGUGGGCAAAGGGUCAGCUGCUCUUCCCAUUCUGAUGUCCCCCAUCCACCACAGAAGACUUCUGAGUUGGCUGUCCUAAACUCUACUGGUAGAUCCAGAUGUGCAGACCCAGAUGUUCCUAUGGAGGACCUCUUCACAGACAUUAUGUGUGAUGAAAAAGCAAAAGAAAAAAAUCUGCAAAACAACCCAUUGACAACAAUGAUCCCGCAAAACACAACAAGAAAUAUAUUGUUACAUGUUUUUCAUUUUACUACAUGGACAUCAUGGAUAAUAAGGGAUUCUGAUUCAUUAUUAAUUUUAUUAAUUAUAUUUUCUGAUAUGAACCUAGAACUGUUAGUGCAAAAACAAAAGAAAACUUUACAAAAACAUGCAAAAAGAGGUGAAAGAGAAAGUAUGUUUAUUAAACAUUAAAGAUAAAUAGUGUUCUUAACUAGGUUUACAAGUGGUGGAGCAUAGCACCGGGCAUUAGCCGACUGGUGAGGAUUCUGCACAUCCACCAAAAAGUGAUUUAACCAACAUCUCUACCAGCGCUACAGAUUUCUCAUCCUUACUUCGGCGUUUAACGCGUACAGUAACUAUGCUAUCUACAAACUGUGUAGAAAUGGAAAGAGUGAUCUCCAUUGUAUGAUGAUUUUGUCAGCUAUGCUUCUUUUAAUGAUACAUACAUAUAUAUGCAUAUAUAUUACACAUGUAUAUGCAUAUAUAUUCACACACAUUUUUGUUAUUAGAGUACUAGUCAUUUUCUUUCUCUGCAGGGUCCUUUCUCAGACAUUACUGCAUGCUGUAUAUGGCGUUAGCUGUGUGUUGGUCUUCUAAGAGAUGAUAGAGUUUACUGGUAAUUGUGUAAUCAAUUCCUGCCUUUUUUAUUUUCUUGGGUUAUUUACAUGUCGGAGACAUUUAUAGAAAGUCAAAAAAAAGCAAACAAAUGAAAAAGAAAACUAACCAGAUGCAGCAUCUCUUUCUGGGUAUGGAUCUGUGAGGUGAAAGCCAUCACAGGUGGCAUGCUUCCUAUUACCCCCUAGUGUACUGACAAGAACCAACUGAUGGGACAAAAACAGAGAGAUAGAGAAAGAAAAAAAGUAACCACUUGCUUUAGCCCUGUGUGGGAAUGAAUCUGUUACACCCUUGUGGCCACUGGAGAAUUUAAACUCUCUUGGUUCAUUUAAUUUAAUUUUUAUUUCCCUUUUUUUGUGGAUGAAAUGGAAGAAAAUGACAUUUUUAGGUCACCUUUUUCUGGGAGCUUGGAAAGCAGAGAGGCCUCUGGGAGGGGUCC